AUGAGGUUCUUCAAUUUCUUUUAUUUUCGAUCGUAUGGUCUUCGUACCAUCCCUCGCUCCUUGAUACUACCUGCGCAUACUCGAAAAUCUUCCACACAGUCAACUCUUCACGAGGAACUUACAUCACGCAAGCCCAACAUUAUAUAUGAUUAUCUAUCGCCAACUCCUUCUCAUCUUUUAAAUAUAUCACUGGCGGACUUCCUUCCGUCUACAUGCUACCCUGCUAAUUUCAAAGUCCAAGACCUCACCCUUCCGUACACUAGUACACUCGGACAAGAGUGUAGUGAUGCAGUACUUCUUCCCCAGUCGCAUCAUCUAGUCUAUUUCUCUCCGCAAAUUCCUCACAGUGCUCUACUUCCAGAUGGCACAGAUCCUCUACAGUCCCCAGGGCCGCCAUUUGUGCGCCGCAUGUGGGCUGGUGGGUCUCUAGUUUUCAAUACUACGAGUGCAAAGCAACUCCGUCUUGGUAACAUGCGAGCUGCUUGUAUAGAACGAAUUGUGGACGUUUCGGUCAAAGGGCGUGAAGGCGACGAGAAAGUGUAUGUAAACAUUGAGAGACGGGUUGGCCUCGCUGAUACCGGAGACGAACUGCGGAUGAAUUCAGAUGCAAAGAGCAGCGCAAUCGCUUCGGGAAAGUGCUCUGUAAGUGAUCGAAAUUACAAGGCCGAUCAGCAAUCACUACAACGUCACCACGUCGAUAACAACGACAACAUCGGACAAGCAUCCUUAGUGGAGACACGGAAUAUCGUCUUCAUGCGGGAGAAAGAUACAACUACUGCCAAAGAGGAUUGCGCUAGGCUUCCAAAGAUCUUGAGGCCCACGCGUAAACCAGACUUUGAUGUGCGAAUAACACCUACACAAUCCCUUUUAUUUAGAUUUUCGGCCCUUACAUUUAAUGCUCACGCGAUACAUCUGGAUCCCCAAUACUGCCGGGAGUCUGAAGGAUAUAGGAACCUACUCCUUCAUGGACCCCUUUCAUUGGUUCUCAUGUUCUCCGUCUUGCGAUCACAACUUCAGCCUGGUGAGAUAGUAAAAAGGUUCAAUUACAGAAACUUGGCUCCACUUUACGCAAAUGAAGAAGUAAGAGUCUGUGUGGGGAAGAAUGCCGACAAAAGCAACAAAUACGAAGUGUGGAUUGAAGGAAAGGAAGGUGGAUAUGCUGUCAAGGGGUCUGCGGUUGUUGGACCCCUUGACACUGGUGAUAGCUAGUAAUUGGGUAAUAAUGGACAACAAGGCUGAACAGUGAACACAUCCCGGAGGAUUUAAUCUCUCUCGAAUAUUCUCCGAUGUUUGAGUAGGUAAAACAAGCCACUUUCGUAGGGUUCUGCAGAUCUGAUGAAAUUUGAUGUUGGGAAUAUAACUUGGUAGCUGUUUUGAAAAGAUGAGAUGAAAUCAAGAUCAUCCCUUUCGUCCCUGACACUACAGUAAGGUACCGAAAAGCACUGUACAGCAUACGCUGUGUACAAUACGAUCAUUGAGAUGAAGCUGCAGGGAAUAUCAGGCCCUGAGAUCCUCUGACACGAUUCACAAAAUCAGAACCACCCGCAGCAUCAAUGCUAGUCUGGAUACGAAUGGAUGAGUGUAGGAUGUGAUGCAGAGCAACCAAGAUGGCUCGUAUUUCGGGAAAGCCUCAAUACUAGCACGCGAUUGAUGAAAUCAGUCCAACACCAAAACACCAAAACAUGUUCUUUUCUACAUUCUGAGUAUUCAAGUCUGAGAAGUCAUUAGACCAUCAAACCCUAAAUGAAGAGAUUGGAGAUAAUGAAGAGCGUUUACUCCGCAUACAGAAUCUAAGUUUUGAAGAGAUCGAAUCAUCCGACGCACAAAUUUGGAUUAGGACAUUAUAGGCAUUAGUAUCUUUCGAUUUUGAUACGAUAGGUGAGCGACGAUCAUACCGUAAGACAGCUGGAGAAUACGGUAAUAGCAUUGUGUGACCCAGUUUAU